AUGAACAUUCUGAUCCGGCGAUCUGCCUCGGCCGUGGGCGCCCCGGCGUCGCGGCAGGCGCUGGCGGCGCUGCUUGCGGCCGACCUCCCGGUCUUCUCCUCGCUGGCGUCACAGGCUGUUGCUCCCUGGUCGGGCAACGGGGAUGGGGCCCGGCGUUUUGGCGGACGUCUCGCUGGGGGGGCGAUGGGGCUUGGGUGGCGCCGGGAUUUCCAUUUCUCGGCGGGUUCUCUGGAGUUCAGAGCCUCUGGCGUCUCGUGCGCGGAGUACGCCGUGGACGAGGCGCCCUUUUGGGAGGAGGAGAGAUCGAGGGCGGCACCCGCGGAUGAAGGUCUUGAGAUCGCGAAGCUGGGGAUCGCACGCGAGAUCGUUGCGUCCCUGGCUCACAAGGGUAUCGCAAAGCUCUUCCCAAUACAGGUGAAUUUUCGGUCCACGAUCUGUACCCUGGCCCGUGAACUAGCUCUCAUACCUUUCCUCUUUCUAUACUCCUUUUUCAUAGCUUUUCUAGUUUGCUACUGUAGAAAUAAAUAACUUAUGUAUGAUCUGUUUCCUUUAUUGAAUCUCCCGCGAAUAUUCAUAUGCCUUUUCGUAUGUGAAUUAGAGUUACUCAACUUCAGGCUUACUAAUUUGAUGCGCCUGGGGUUUAUGAACACUAAAAUUAUAGACUCGGAUGACGGAAAGUUCACGUGAAUAUGAUUUAGAAACCACGGGCAGUGAGUUAUAUAGUUCCGUACAAGUCCUAAAGAAGGUAAGAUUAUUACGAGACAGUACUGGGAGUAAUUACCUACAUAUACGAAAUUAUAUGGAAGAGCUUUUCUUUAAUCACCACAUUCAGGUACCCUUCAGCAUCUGGAUCUCUAUCUUUCUGUAGCAAAAAGAAUAUUUAGCUGGUUCUAGGCAUCAAACUUCGUUUUUGCAGCAAAAAAAAUUGUGAUUCUUUGUUGUGUCUUCAGUUUCUGUAAGGGAAAUCUCACCAUAUUAUCCAGUCACUGCAGUGCAGCUGUCGACCUGAUUGGAGGAAUUUGAUGUCUAUAUACGAAUGCCACGUAGUUGCAGUUGUAGGUCUAAGCUUAGGCAUAGAGUUAUGUGCCAAAGGGAUGCUUGUUUCUACGAAUGCCAUGUUAGUGCAUUCAGCUGGUUCCCACAUUUUUGUUGAGUCUACAUCUGUUGCAGCUUAUGUUCUACGCAAUAGUUGAGAAAGAAAGUCAUGUGGACGUCUUCAAGACCGUAUUCGCUCAUGUUUUUCCGCGAGCCUUGUCGUAUUUUGUCAUAGAUGGUUUUUCCAACAGUGAAGCCCAUGUCUGAAUCAAUUAGGAUUUGUUAAGGGAGGGAACUAAUUGAGUGGAUGCUGCCAUUACGAACCUGAACAAUAGGGACACAGGAGGUAAGGUGGAGCUUAAUUCCAGUUUGGACACCUUUCUCCUUUUUCUUCUACCCAGUAUGAUGGUGAAUUGGAUGACCCACAUAUGAAUUGAUGACUUCAAACACAUGAACACGAUAAGUUUAAUUCGAUGGAGGGGAAAAACUGUAGAGUCAUGCUUGCUGAGGAGUUCCUGUUUUUGAUGAGGUUCACUUGUUGUCACAAACCUGUUGGUGAUCCUCUGGCUACUAGUGUAUCGAUUCUAAUUAUUAUUAAGCGAACGGGGUUGACCACUGAUCGGUUAAUAUCCCUUGUUACUUUUUUCCGUCAAUUGAAUGGAUGAACACUAACCUAUCUCCAGAAAAUUGAUCCAUCAAUCCCUUGCUGGAGUAACUUAUAUGUUAGCAACUAAGCAUUAUCUGCUGUCAAACCCGUACGAGUACAUGUUGGGCAAUUUACAUCACCAUCUUUUAUGGUACAUCCGGCCAGAUAAAAAGACACAGAGUGUUAAGGAGCGUAAGGAACGUAGUGAGGUGCAAAAUAUUGCGACUGAUGGUUGCAAAUAUGGCGCAGAAUCUUUGCAUCAGAUCUAAAACAACCAUCAGAUCUAUGCGCCGACGGACUUCUGUUGGUUUCAGUUGGACGAAAAUUUCGCACUAGACCAUUGCAGGAUUAUCGAAAAGUGCUGGUUGAUGUUUGGCGUUUCACCCUCUAUAGAGCAUUAAUAUAUAUUUCUGGAAGCAGAAACUUGAAAUUGAAUUAUCUUGGAAAAGAGUAUUUUGGAUAAGGUCUUGGCCAGGGUAAACAGCAGAUUACGCAAUCUAGUACUUCAUAGCUUUAAGUUAUUUGUGUUCUUUAAUGCCUCAACUUCUAACAGCUUGUUGAUGAGGCAUCUUUCUUGUUAGCACGUGUCUACAGUUUGAAAGGGUGCAAGUCUCCUGUUUUUAGUGGCCAGUUUCUUGUUGCUGAUUCAUUUUCUCUCCAUUUAUAGAGGGCUGUUCUGGAACCAGCAAUGCAGGGACGUGAUAUGAUCGGUCGUGCAAGAACAGGAACGGGCAAAACUCUUGCUUUUGGGAUUCCUAUCAUGGAUAAAAUCAUUCAAUUCAAUGCAAAGAAUGGGUUCGUACCAGUUAUCCCUUUUUGCCUCCUAUUCAGAAGUUUAUGCGUUUCGCUGCUGAACCCUUUUAUCCGUUACUGAAAUUUUCAGGUGUGGGAAAAACCCUUUGGCAUUAGUUCUGGCGCCUACCAGGGAACUUGCUAAGCAAGUGGAGAAGGAAUUCAAAGAAUCCGCUGGAAACCUGUAUACAUUAUGUGUCUAUGGAGGGUCACCCAUAGGACAACAGAUGAGGGCACUGAAUUAUGGUGUCGACGUGGUUGUUGGAACACCAGGUCGCGUCAUUGAUUUACUAGGGAGGGGUGCCUUGAAUCUGAGAGAAGUGCAGUUUGUCGUCCUGGAUGAGGCUGAUCAGAUGCUUAAUGUUGGAUUCAAAGAAGAUGUUGAAAAAAUAAUGGAAAGCUUACCUGAGAAUCGUCAGACAAUGCUGUUCUCGGCAACCAUGCCAACCUGGAUAAGAAACAUCACCCGGACUUACCUGAAGAACCCAGUUACCAUCGAUCUUGUAAGUAUCCAUCCCGUUGUCUAUGUUAUUAUCAAUAUUAUCAAUGAAAAUUGUACGCCAUCGGUCACAUCCAUGCAUUGUUAAUUAUAUGCCUAUGUUCUUUAUUUCUCUACCAUAUGCAUAGCAGUACUUUGGGUUUAGAGUGCGUGGUUCAAUACACUAAGUUGUUUUACUGCGUGUUGAACUUCAAUACACUAAGUUAUUCUAUUAUUUUUCUUUUGCAUGUAUUCGAUUCGAAUUUCGCAGCGGAUUAAUCGAUCAGCGCAUAGAUGCUCUUUCCAGAACAUGUUAUCUCGAUGUAAUAGAAUCAUUUAUGUGUAAUCUCUGUGUGAUAGAUCAUUCAUUUUCGAAAAGAAAUUAUUCUAUUAUUUUUCUUUUGCAAGUACUCGAUUCGAAUUUGGCAGCAGAUUAAUCAAUCAGCGCAUAGAAGCUCUUUACAGAAUAUGUUAUCUAUAUGUAAUAGAAUCAUUCAUGUGUAAUCCUUGUGUGAUAGAUCAUUCAUUUUCGCAAAUAAGUUAUUCUAUUAUUUUUCUUUCGCAAGCAUUCGAUUCGAAUUUGGCAGCAGAUUAAUCGAUCAGUGCAUAGAUCCUCUUUCCAUAAUAUGCAAUAGAAUCAUUUAUGUGUAAUAAUCUCUAUGUGACAGAAUCCCUAUUUGUAAUCUAUGUAAUCUUCUAUACUGUAGGUUGGUGAUUCUGAUCAGAAACUGGCAGAAGGGAUUACUCUCUAUUCUAUCACAUCAGAUAACUAUGGAAAGGCGUCGAUUGUUGGCCCACUGAUAACAGUACGUGCAUGAUUGUCUGAAUUAUCAUUCAAGUUACCUCUUAUUCCAUCUAAUUAUCGUGUGAUGACAUUCUUGCUUGCCAUUUUAGGAGCAUGCAAAGGGGGGGAAAUGCAUUGUUUUCACCCAAACAAAGCGUGAUGCUGACCGGCUGGCCUAUUUCAUGGCGAAGACUCACAAAUGCGAGGCUCUGCACGGCGACAUAUCACAGAGUCAGAGGGAGAGAACGCUCGCUGGUUUUAGAGAUGGACACUUUAAUAUCCUAGUGGCAACCGAUGUCGCUGCCCGGGGGCUGGACAUUCCCAACGUUGACUUGGUAUGAUCUUUUGACCUUUUGCAUCUAAGAUCUGGGUAUUGGUAUGAGUUCCUACGCUAUCUUGAGUGCCCCAUAUGAUUAUUGUUGAAAGCUCUCUAGGAUCUCAAAAAACAGUCUGAAAAGAAUAUAUAUAUUUUAAUGAUACUUUGGUGAUAUUACUAUUUCCUGCUUACUCUGAUCUUGAUCAUCUGAUUCGAUUUACGAUACUAGAGAUUAACUUUUUUAAGGGUUUCCUAUGCUCAGUUGAGUGCCUGGGCAGUAGAUUCUUAUUUGAAUUAUUGUUCUUGGGUGAUCUGCCGGGCAGUUCUCCUGAUCAUCAUCCUCUUUAUCCGUCUCCAGGUUAUUCACUAUGAACUGCCCACCACGUCUGAGAUCUUCGUCCAUCGAUCUGGCCGGACGGGCCGGGCCGGCAAGAAGGGGAAUGCCAUCCUCAUUUACUCCGAACAGCAGUCUCGGGCCAUCAGGCAGAUCGAGGUUGACAUCGGAUCUAAGUUCAACGAGGUGAUCAUGGCUAAUAAUUGGGCGAAAUUAUUAAAUAUAUCAUGUAGAUGAUAUUAUUUUAUGGGUGUCUGAUAUUUGCCAAAAUUUCUGUUUAUUUUUGUUCUAGCUUCCAAGGAUUAAAGCCGAAGGUGGAAUGGAAGACUUCUUCGGUGGCCUGAGAGGUGGCCCUCCCAGUUCCUUUGGAGGCGGGCGAGGUGCUGACUCGGGCUAUGGCCGCUCGGGCAGCUUCGGCGGUGCGGGAUAUGGCCGCUCCGGUGGUUUUGGUAGCAGCGGCGGUGGUGGCCGCUCCAGCAGCUUUGGGGGCCGAUCCGGCAGCUAUGGUGGGUCAGGAUUCGGUGGCCGCUCUGGCGGUGGCAGUGAAGUAGGGUCGGGCCGCUCCGGCUCAUAUGGUGGAUCAAGUCCCUCCGGCGGCUUUGGCGGCGACUCUCGCUCCCGUGGCAGCUUUGGGCGUUCCAGUGGCUCCGGUGAUUUUGGCUCACUCCGCUCAAGGAGCUUCGGUGAUGGUGGCUCAGGCAGCUCUGGCGGCUUCGCAAACCUCGGCGCCGGGCUGUUUGACAGUGCCGACAAGUUCGGCUCAGGAAGAAGAUCCUCCUGA